GCAAAGCGUGUAACCUCUUUGCUCUCCUCGUAGGAGGGAUCAACCGACAGCCCAAGGCCAACCGCAGGGAUGGAACCGGCCGAUGCCCCGACACUGAGCGUCUCCUCAACAGUCACACGGGACGGGACGUCGCUUCACCUUCCCUCGGGCCAGUAUCUCAGGAUUCUCACUGGCGUUGGUGCUGCCGGGCUUGCCGGCUUCAUGACGACUUGCACCGUGGCCGACUUGAAACGGUGGCGGGCGCCCGGAGGGGCACCAAUCUCUCGUCUCAGCACGAGAAGCGCGACACUCGCGGCAUCUGCGCCUCCGCCGUAGUGGCCGAAGCGCGCCAGAGCAAUUCAAGUAGUACUGUAUUUAACAAAGGCUGUAUACGCGGUCAGCAUGGAUUUCCUCUCCAGCUUAAGGGGACUUGGACUUCUGCGUACUU